AUGUGUGGGGGACUGAUUGAGAGGUAUGUGGCUGCCAUGGUGCUGAGUGCAGCAGGAGAUGCCUUGGGGUACUUCAAUGGGUCGUGGGAGUUCCUCAGGAGUGGGGAGAAGAUUCACCAGCAGCUGGCCCAGCUUGGUGGCCUGGACGCCAUAGACGUGCAGGGGUGGAGAGUCAGCGAUGACACCGUGAUGCACCUGGCCACGGCCGACGCUCUUGUGGAAGCUGGAAAAGUCUCAGACUUGGGUCGACUGUAUCCCCUCCUUGCUAAGCAUUACCAAGACUGCAUGAAAGACAUGGAUGGCCGAGCACCAGGAGGUGCCUCCGUGAAGAACGCCAUGCUGUUGGAGCCGGACAAAGACAACGGCUGGAGGAUUCCCUUUAACAACCACGAGGGUGGCUGUGGGGCCGCUAUGCGAGCCAUGUGCAUCGGCCUCAGGUUCCCUCACCCCAGCCAGCUGGACACGCUGAUCCAGGUGAGCAUCGAGAGCGGCCGGAUGACCCACCACCACCCCACCGGCUACCUGGGUGCCCUUGUGUCUGCUCUUUUCACAGCCUGUGCUGUGAAUGGCAAGCCUCCCUGGCAGUGGGGACAAGGACUGAUGGAGGUGCUGCCAGAAGCUAAGAAGUACAUUGUCCAAGCAGGCUACUUCGUGGAGCAGAAUCUUGAGCACUGGUCCUACUUCCAAGACCAAUGGGAAAAGUACCUAAAACUUAGAGGGAUUUUGGACGGCAAGUCAGCCCCUACCUUCCCCAAGCCCUACGGUGUGAAGGAGAGGGAUCAGUUCUACAGCUCUGUGAGCUACUCUGGCUGGGGCGGCAGCAGUGGACACGAUGCCCCCAUGAUUGCCUACGAUGCCAUCCUGGCUGCAGGAGACUCCUGGAAGGAGCUUGCCCACCGAGCCUUUUUCCAUGGCGGAGAUAGUGAUUCUACGGCUGCCAUUGCUGGCUGCUGGUGGGGAGUCAUGCAUGGUUUUAAAGGAGUGAGUCCCUCCAACUAUGAGAAACUGGAAUACAGAAGCCGGCUGGAAGAAGUAGCCAGGGCUUUAUAUUCUCUUGGGUGGAAGGAAGAUAGGGACUUCUUUGCCCUUUAG